AUGGAAAAGAGCUAUCACAUAAAGAAUAAAGAAGAGAAUAAUAAUAAAUUAGAUAAGUAUUACACGAAUGAGUUUCAAAUAUAUAAUAAUCUAGAAAAUAAUAGUUAUCAUAUGCCCUCCUCAAAAAUGAAUACAUUAAAAAUUAAGGGAUUAAUAAAAAGAAAAAAUAAAGAAUUUUAUGAUUUAAUUACAGUUAUAAGCCUAAAUAGUGAAGAAAUUGAAGAAAAAAUUGCUUCUAAAAAAGAAAACUUGAAAGAUAAUAUAGCUUUAAUGAAAAACAUGAAAGAUAUUAUGAAAAAUGAAAAGAAAAUGUUUAAAGAAAUAAAAACAGAAAAGAAAAUUACCUUAAAAAUCAAAGGAAAUAUAAAAAAUAUAUCUCAAAAAAAAAAUGAAAUAAUGAAGAAAUAUAAAGAAGACUCACUAAAUAAAUAUAUUCAUGGGUAUAUAAACGACGACAAUGAAUAUAUAGAUGAUAUUAUAGGCUAUCUGAAAAAGAUUAAAAAUAUAAGAUUUUCUGGAAAAGUUAGAAAAAUGAAAUCAAAGAAUGUUCAUUCUUCUCGCCAAGAAGAUAUUAAUGAUAGUGAUUAUAAAAAAAAAAAAGCAGAAAACAUAAAAAAGGUACCUAAACAUUAUGGUAUAGUAUCAAAAAAUAAAAUAGAAAAUAAAAAUGGAGUUGAAGAAAGGAUUUAUAAGUUACUUGAAGAAAAUAAUCCUCUUAAUAUAAAAAAAAAAAUGAUUAAAAAAAAAAAGGAAAAAAAAGCUAAAAAGUAUGAUGACAGUGAGAAUAAGAAAAAAUAUGUUAACUAUUCACCUGAUGAAUUAAAUGAACUAAAUGAAAAUAAAAAAUUAAUGAAUAAUUUACGAAUUUCAGAAUAUAUGUUAAUUAAAUUACUUAAAAAUGAUAAUAUAAAAAUAAAUAAUGCAAACAAUUUUGAUGAAAAACUCAAAAAAAAAAUAUCGUUGAAGAAUAAAAAUAGUUCUCUAAAAACAUAUUUAGAUCUUGAAAAAAGAAAGUUACAUUUUAAUGGUCUAUUAAAACAUAUUAAAAUAAGUAAUAAGCUUAUCCCAUCGAAUAAUCAUUCUCUGAAACAUUUUUUAUUAACAAAAAAACAAAAGGAAUAUAAUGAUAAGUUAUAUACUCAACUGUCAUUUUAUGACAAUAGUUUGAUUAAAAGUAAUGGCAAACUACAAGAAAAUUCUAAAAAUAAAAGUAAGGGAAGAAAAAAAGUUAGGAAAAACUCUUAUAAAAGCUAUUCUCUUCAUAGUGCAAAAGAUCAUGCUAUGGCUAAUGAUAUGAAUUGUACAUAUAAUCAAACUAAUUUAAGUUCAAACAGUAGUGAUGAAGAAAAUUUUACAAAAACAAAAAUAAAAAAUUCUAAGGGUUAUAAUGAAUAUUUUAAAAUAUUUCCUGAAUUUGAAAAAUGUAAACGUAAAGGUAUAUAUAAUACUAACAAAAGAAAUCAAAGAGGAAAUGAUAUCAGAAUUAUAAAAAGUAAAUCUAAAAAAAUGUUCUCAAGAGAUAAACUUAAGAAAAAAUCAGUAGAAUUAUAUGAAAAUUUAAUUGUAGAAGAAAAAAAUAAAAAAAUGUCUUCUUUUAUCUAUACGGGAAAUUUACCAAAUACAAAAAAUGCUUCAGACCUUUUAACUAAGAAUACCUUAAAAUAUAUAAACGAGAAAAGCAUGAAAAUUAAAAAAAAAGGCAUUAACAAUAGGAAGUUAGAUAAAAAAAGUUAUCAAACAAAUAAAUUAGUGAGAAAAACUAAUUUAAUAAAGACAAUAUCAGAUAAACUUAAUAAUAAUGAGGAAUUUACUCAAAAAAAUACCCUAAAUCCACAUAAAGUAGAUAUAAUAAAUUUAAAGGAGGUAAAUAUAAAUGUAGAAAAAUCCUUAGACAAAGAUACAAAAAAGCAUCCUUUAGAUUAUUCUAACAAAAAUGAAUUCACAAAUAUUUUGAAAACUAAUUCCAAAAAAAUGAUUAAUGAUAAAACCAAAAGUACUAAUCAAAAGCCAGGUUUAUCAUCAAAUGAAUUACGUUUACUAUUUAGUAAAAAAAAUAAUUAUGUAUCAAAAAAUACAAUUUUUAAAAAAGAAACUACAGUUAAAAUCCCUUUUACUAUAGAAAAGAAUGAAAAAGAAUGUUUUUCCAUUUUAAAUGAUGAAAAAUGUAAAUCUACUUAUUUGAAUGAGAAAUCAACAAAUUUAUUAAAAAGUAAAGGAGAAACAAACUCUAUAAAUAAGAGAAUAGUAAAUAAUGAAGUUAAUAACAAAGAUCAUAAUAUAGGGAAUGAAAUUUUAAGAAUUAAAACCAAUUCAUUGUCUUCAAAUAGUGAUAAUAUCAAGAAUAAAUAUUCUUCAGAGAGCAAUAAAAAUAAUAUUAGAGAAAUUCUUCCUAAUAAUUCUGAAGACAAAAAUAAUAAUGGUAGUUUUAUAAAUCAAAAGAAAAUCUACCAAGUCUUAAGAAAAGAUGAUAAUUUAAAAGAAAAUUAUGCUUCAUCAAAUAAUUUUGUUGGAAAUAAUGUGGGAAAAACCCCAAAAUUCAGCAGGAAAAAUGAAAGUAAGGAAAGCUCAUUAAAACAAAGUAUGAACAUAGAACAGACAAAUGUAAAAAAAAACAUAUUUUUAAAUAAUGAGAAUAUUAAAAUUACAUUGAAAGAAGAAUCAUUAAGUAAAGAUAAAUUAAUUAAAUCUCCUAUAAAAAGUUUUCAAAAUUCAAAAUUUUCUUUAAUAUCAAGUAAAAAUGAAGUUACCAAAAAUACAUUUUCGGAAAAAGAAUUAGAAAAUAUAUCUACCAAGGAAUUAAACAACGUUGAUUGUAAUAAAGAUGAAAUAUUAAAAAAGAGUGUUAUACAUAAUAUAAUUCUAGAUGUUAAUAAAAAUGAAAUUACAAGAAAAAAAGAUAGAGAUCCAUCUUCCAAUAAAAGAGAAGAAACAGAAACCAGGCCAUCUACCACAUCUUUUGAAAAAAAUGUAAUUAAGAAUCAAUAUCAAAAAUUGCAAAACAUAAAAAAAUAUAUUAACAAAGAAAAUGAAGCAAAACAAUUUUCAAAUGUACUAGCCAGUGAAACAUGCAAAGAAGAGAUCAAUGAAAGCAAUACCAAUGAAUAUAAUAAUAUGCAUGAAAAUACAAAGCUAGUCAUAAAUGAUUUAAAAAAAGAAAUAUCCACAUUAGAGAAACCAGCAGAGGGCAGUAAUAAUAUAUCUUCUAAUAAUAAUAUUAAGGAUGAAAAAAAAUUAAUUUAUUCUAAUAAUAAAAUUUUAUUAAAACAAAGGAAUUUACCGAUAAAAAAGGGAAUAAAUACAUACAAAUAUAAUAAUGCAGAAUCAAUUUUACUUGAUGAAAAUAAUAUAUUAACAGCAAAUGUGAAAACGAAUAAUGAAAUAAAAUCUAAUAAUUUAUUUAAAAAUGUUUUAAAUAAAAACGACAAGCAACUAGAAAAAAUGAAUAAAGAUAUCCUUUUAAAUAAAACGAUUGUUCCCAAUUUAGAAGUAAAAAAAAAAAUCUGUAAAGAAAUAUCCUUAAAGAGUACCUUAUCAAAUCUCAAAAUGGAAGAAACAAAAAAAGGAACAAUAAAUUCUAAAGAGAUACAUAGAAAUAAAUUAGAGGAACAAAGAAGAUAUAUAAAUGAAGAUAUAUCAAGUAAAAAUAAAAUUGAACUAAAUAAUCAAGAACAAAAAGGAAAAAUAAAUCAAAUGGAUGAAAUAUCAAUCAUAAACAAAAAUACAUAUUCUAAAAAUUCAUUAAUAAAUGUAGAUAAAAAAGAAAAAGUGAAUUCAUUUUCGAAAAAUGUAUCUACUAUAAAAUCAACUUUAAAUGAAAAAAAUAAUAAUACCGUAGAAGAUGAUAAUGAAUUAGAAAAUAAUCUAACUAAAAAGGACACAACGAAAAACAUAAAAAUGGAAGAAAUAAGCAUAUUAGAGGAAAAUGAAAAUGACUUAAGUUCUUACUUAGAUUCAAAGUAUUCAAACAAAUUUGCAUUACAAACAUUUUCUAAAAGAAUAAUCAAUAAUUUAUCUAUUAAAUCAGAAUAUGAUAGUAAAGCAAACAUAUUAGAAAAAGAAAAAGAGAUGAAUAUAAAAACUAUUAGUAAAAAAAUGAUUAUAAGACCAAGUAAUACUGAUUAUAAAGCAGUUAAUGAGAAACAAAAUCCUUCAGUUACUCCUAAAAGUAAUAUAGAUAUAAAAAUGAAUCAAACAGAAUCUGAAAGUACAAAAAAAGUAUUUGUUAUGACUAAUAAUUUUGUAUCACUCAAGACAGUCAAUAAAAUCAGUGAGAGCAAUAAACAAAAAUUAGAAUUUAAAAAAUUACCAGACAUGUCUACUACAAAAUUACACAGUUUUGAAUCCAAAAUAAGACUAGAAAAGGCUAAUUUGUUUGAUGCAAAUAAUAUAUUAAUCUCUCUGGGAGUAAAAAAUGUGGAAAAUAAUUCUAAAAUUAAAAACAAAGCAUUAAUAUUAAAAAAUUUAUCAAGUAAGUACUCCAUUAAGUCGGUUGUUAAAAAUGUUAACAAAAAUGAAAAAGAAGAAAAUGACAAACCAAUUAUGGAAAUUGGAUCAGAUAAAAUUAUGUUGAAAGCUAAAGGAUUUAAUAUCAAAAAUAACCAAAUAAAAUUAAGUUCAAAAUUUUUAUCAAAUAAAACACCUAUUUAUAUAAAGAAUGAUGACAACUAUAAAAAAAAUAAGGAAGGGACAGAAAAAGAGGUAAAUGUAAAAAGAGGAGAAGAAAGUGCAGGCAUUAGAAAAGAUAUAGAAAUAUUAAAUAAGGAAAUAAAGGAAGAAAAUAAAGAGGUGAAAAAAGAAAAUACAGAUGAAAUAAAAGAAGUAAAAGAAGAAGAAGAAAAAAAAGUAAAAGAAGAAGUAAAAAAAGAAGAAAUAAAAGUAGAAGAAGGAAAAAAAAAAAAAGAAAUAAAAGAAGAAAUAAAAAAAGAAGAAAAAACGAAAAAAGAAGAAAUAAAAGAGGUAAAAGAAGAAGAAGAAACGAAAAAAGAAGAAAUAAAGGAGGUAAAAGAAGAAGAAACAAAAAAAGAAGAAAUAAAGGAGGUAAAAGAAGAAGAAACAAAAAAAGAAGAAAUAAAGGAGGUAAAAGAAGAAGAAACAAAAAAAGAAGAAAUAAAAGAGGUAAAAGAAGAAGAAAUGAAAAAAGAAGAAAUAAAAGAGGUAAAAGAAGAAGAAAUGAAAAAAGAAGAAAUAAAAGAGGUAAAAGAAGAAGAAACGAAAAAAGAAGAAAUAAAAGAGGUGAAAAAAGAAGAAACAAAAAAAGAAGAAAUAAAAGAGGUAAAAGAAGAAGAAACGAAAAAAGAAGAAAUAAAAGAGGUGAAAGAAGAAGAAACGAAAAAAGAAGAAAUAAAAGAGGUGAAAGAAGAAGAAACAAAAAAAGAAGAAAUAAAAGAGGUAAAAGAAGAAGAAACGAAAAAAGAAGAAAUAAAAGAGGUAAAAGAAGAAGAAACGAAAAAAAAAGAAAUAAAAGAAGAAAAUAAAGAAGAAAAAGAGGAUAUAAAAAGUGUUAAUCCAAUUAAUAAGAUUAGGUCAACAAAAAUUAUUCUGAAACCUAAAAUGUACAAUGCUAAAAGUAGUGAGGAAAAAUCAAGUAUAAAAAAUAUUUCUUUUAUAAAAAAGUUUCAUAACAUAAAAAAUUUAUCAACGUUAAAACAAUUUCCCAGUAAAAAAUCUAUAGGCACAGAAAACAAUGAAACAGAUAAAACAGUAGAAGAUAAAUUAAAUACUGAUGAAAGUGAAAAUAUAAGUUGCACUAAUUCUAAAAGUUUCAGUGUUAACGAUAAGAACGAAAAAAAUUAUCAUAAGGUAAAAUUUUCAAAAUCAAUUAAUUCUAAUCCUAUAAAUGAUGAAAACAAGAAUACAGAAAGUACUAUACAAUCAAACCUUUUGCUAGAUGAGCAAAAUAAAAAUGAAAAAAGUGACUACACAACAAAUGGAACAUUUUUGAAUUCUAAUUCAGGAAAUUCAUCUAAAUUUAAUUCAAAUAAUGCACUAAAAAAUCCACUAGAAAAAAAAUUAUUAAAUUUUCCUAAAAAUUCUUUUAAUGAUUCGUUAAAAGGAACUUCAUCCAAAGAAACUAAUGAUAUAAACAAUUUUUCAAAAGAUAACCCAUUUUUAGAUAAAAUUGAAGGAAACAAACCUCCUGUAUUAAAGCAUGAAAAAAGUAUCCCUAAUACGAAAGAAAUUUUAAAAUAUCUUAAAAAUUCCAAAAACGCAUUAAUGCCAAAGGGAAAAAAUGUUCCUACUUUUAAAAAAGAAAAUAAUUUUUAA